ACUCCCUCGCCACCACCACCCCCCUCCGCUCCGCUCUGCCCAACGGGUAGGAGACGGAGCCGGACCCACCGCCCUGAGCUCGGGGCUCCUUCCAACCGCCAAUGGACGCCGCCGGGCCGGCAUCGGCCUCCGCCGACGUCGGCAGCGGCAGCGGCGCCCCGGCCGACGCCGGCGGCGGCGGCGCCAGGACUUCCCUCCUCCUCGGCAUGCCGGUUCCCGUCGCGGCGGGCGCCGCCGCGGCCCUGGCCGCGCUCGUCGUCCUCGCCGCAGUGGCCGCCGCCGCCGGGUACCUCGCGCGCCGCCGGGGCGCCGGGGCGCCCGCGCUGUCGCGCGUCGAGCACGCGCCAUCCUCCGCCUCGGGCUCCGGCUCCGGCUCCUCCCGCCCGGCGUCGUCCGCGCGCAAGGACAAGCCCGGGGCCGGCGCGGACCGGGUCACCGGCGCCGCCGCGGGCGCGGGCGCCAGCACCUCCGACGCGGCCAGCUCGUCCGCGGCCGCGAGCUCGCUCGAGUCGCCGGUGAAGAGGAAGGCGGCGGGGGUGGAGAUGGGGUGGGGGAGGUGGUACGAUCUGGCAGAGCUCGAGGUCGCCACGGGAGGGUUCUGCGCGGAGAACGUGGUCGGGGAGGGAGGCUACGGCACGGUGUACCGCGGCGUGCUCGCCGGCGGCGAGGUGGUCGCCGUCAAGGACCUGUUUGAUCACAAGGGCCAGGCCGAGAAGGAGUUCAAGGUGGAGGUCGAAGCCAUCGGCAAAGUGAGGCACAAGCACCUUGUCGGGCUCAUCGGUUACUGCGCAGAAGGGCCUAAAAGGAUGCUCCUGUACGAGUUCGUCGAAAACGGCAACUUGGAGCAGUGGCUCCACGGCGACGUCGGGCCUGUCAGCCCGUUGACAUGGGACAUACGGAUGAAGAUCGCCGUCGGAACAGCCAAAGGCAUCGCGUACCUGCACGAAGGGCUCGAGCCCAAGGUGGUUCACCGCGACAUCAAGUCGAGCAACAUCCUGCUGGACAAGAAGUGGAACCCCAAGGUGUCGGACUUCGGGAUGGCCAAGGUGCUGGGGUCCGGGUCCAGCUACGUGACGACCCGGGUGAUGGGCACGUUCGGGUACGUGGCCCCCGAGUACGCGUCGACGGGGAUGCUGAACGAGAGCAGCGACGUGUACAGCUUCGGCGUGCUGCUGAUGGAGCUCAUCUCCGGGCGCAGCCCCGUGGACUACAACCGCCCCGCCGGCGAGGUGAACCUGGUGGAGUGGUUCCGGGGCAUGGUGGGCAGCCGGCGCGUGGAGGACCUGGUGGACCCGCGCGUGGCCGCGCCGCCGCCGCCGCGGGUGCUCAACCGGGUGCUGCUGGUGUGCCUCCGCUGCAUCGACGCCGACGCGCACAAGCGGCCCCGGAUGGGGCAGAUCGUGCACAUGCUCGAGGGCGACGAGUUCCCCUUCCGCACGGAGCACCGGUCGCCGCGGGCGUCGCAGCGGACGUCGACGGGGACGCGGCCGUCGCUCCUGUCGGAGAACGUCGGGGGCGCCGACGACUCGGACAAGUCGAUGUGGAGAUGAGCGACCGAUCGGAGCUGCAAGCAACCGCGCACGCACCUGACACGAUCGUGCGAGGAGCUGGAGCUGGAGCUGGAGCUGCACUGACCUUUUUUUUCACCGGGUGUAAAUUUUUGUUGUUUAUUCGCGGCGGGGAUGCGGGGGGUUUAAAUGUUGAAUUCGUGAUGCCGCCCGCUUCGGUAGGUUUGAUGGCGUUUGCCGUAAUGUAUGGUUUGCCACGGGGUUGAUAA